CCGCGGGGGGCGGCGCGACGCGCGGUGGUCGCGCGCGCGCUGUCCUCCUCAUCGGCACCCGCGCCGGCGCCCUGGGACAGAUCCCGCGACGACGACGACGACGGGAGGGACGAGUUCGAGGAGACGCGGCAACAACGAGUCAACCCGUGGGAUCUGGACGAAUCGGAGACUGGCGUCGCGCCCCCAUUCAACGACGCGAGGGUGCCGUCGUGGGUGACGCUCACGCGAGCCCGAUGGGACAAGGUGACGAUGUCUCUGGCGUCGUGCGCCACCGUGCCGUUCCUCUUCCUCACGAUGCCGCAGAUUGUCAAGAACACCUCGCUCAUCGCCGCGGGUCGCCCCGACGCGCUCGCCGCCGUGUCGUGGCAAGGACAAGUCGCGGGCCUUUUGGGGAACAUGCUCCUGCUGUCGUACUUUGCCGAUAAAGGGGAGCUCAGCGCGAGCUUCAUACAGAUCGUCGGGACGUGCGCGACGGGCGCGUUGCUGACGCAGAUGUGCCUCGCGGGUCACAUCCCCGUCGCGCCCUUCGCCUUCGCCGCCGCCGCGGUGGCGGCUGGGUUGGUCCUCUCCGGUUUCCGGAUGCUCGGUCGCAUCGGGCCGGUGGACCGCGACGGGGUGCCGUGCGUCGGUAACGUGCAGUGCGCGGUUUCGUUCGACGAGGACGACACAGACGGAAAGGGAGGGCCCGGCGCCACCAUCCACGGCUGGUUCCUCCGCGUAUCGAACGGCCUCUGGGAUUUCUACACGCACGCCACGGGAAUCGUCGGUCUCGCCGCGCUGCCGCAAAUCGGGCUGAUGAGCCUCCUGCCCCCAACGCUCGCGGCGCAGUGCGGGGUCUACCCCGGGUGCGCCGGCGCCGCGUUGGGCACGCUCUUGAUCAUCUUAAACUACCGGGGCAAGCUUCCGCCCGCGGUGGCGUCGGCGUGGGGCGCGCUCAGCGGUUGGACCGCCACGCUGCUCUUCAUGUCCAUGCCGGUGGCGCAGCUGGCGAGUAACUUUGCUAACCCGCAGACGCUGGAGGGUCUGUCGAUCCUGUCCGCGCUCCUCGCGAUGACGGGGAACGCGCUCAUGGUCCCACGGGCACUGUUCACGAGGGACGUCAUCUGGCUGACGGGGAGCACGUGGGGGUGCACGCUGAUGGGCUGGGGCGUGAUGCUGAGUCUCUUUUUGGGGCACAGGGCGGACGGCGCGCGGUACAUCGGCCCCGGCGCGUUCACCGCGCUCACCGCCGCGUUCUUCGCGUACCUCGUCGGCGUCUGGCUCAUCGACGGUAUCAGCGCGUUGGCCAGUGGAAACAGCGCGGGGUGGCGGCUGAAGGCGUGGAGGGCGUGGAACAAGGGCGGCGACCGGGAGGACCUCAUCUCGGCUUCGCGUUGAUACGGGUUUGUGUAGACGACGUCACUUGUUGCACCCCCGCGAGCUCGGAGCUCACACGACGCGUGUACGAUUUAUAAAAGGUCAAAACAGUCAUCCG